CGAGCUACUGCAGGUGCAAAGCUGGGCACUGGGUUAGCUGCUGCAGCGAAGCCGAGGAAAAAACACACAUUUCAGGAUGGCGUCUGCAAAUGCCACAUACGGACAGAAGGAGUCCUCGGACCAAAACUUUGAUUACAUGUUUAAAAUCCUCAUCAUCGGCAACAGCAGCGUAGGAAAGACCUCCUUCCUUUUCCGCUAUGCAGAUGAUUCAUUCACACCAGCCUUUGUGAGCACAGUGGGCAUUGACUUCAAGGUCAAGACCAUCUACAGGAACGACAAGAGGAUAAAGCUGCAGAUCUGGGACACUGCUGGCCAGGAGCGCUACAGGACAAUCACCACAGCUUACUACAGGGGAGCCAUGGGCUUCAUCCUCAUGUAUGACAUCACCAACGAGGAGUCCUUCAACGCUGUGCAAGACUGGUCGACCCAGAUCAAGACAUACUCAUGGGACAAUGCUCAGGUGCUCCUGGUGGGGAACAAGUGUGACAUGGAGGAUGAACGAGUGGUGGCUUCAGAGAGGGGCCGGCAGCUGUCCGAACAGCUGGGUUUUGAGUUCUUUGAAGCGAGCGCCAAAGACAACAUUAACGUGAAGCAGACCUUCGAGCGACUGGUGGACAUCAUCUGUGAGAGGAUGACAGAGAGUCUGGACAACAACGACCCGACCGUCACCGGAGCCAAACAGGGGCCACAGCUCAAUGAGCAGCCUCAGAGGUCCCAUCAGGAUUGUGCUUGCUAAACACAAGUACACACACAUAAACACUCACACAGACACACAGACACACAGACACACAGACACACACACACACACACACACACACACACACACACACACACUGUCUGCUGUCCAGAAAUCCACAGACCGUAGUUUUUUUUUAAAUUCAGUUUGUCUCUUGCUUUCUCUUUCUUCCUUUCUCAUAAGCACAUGCACUCAAAUACUGCCAUACAGAGUCACAUAGCCCGGCUGCUUUAGUUCUCCAUCUCCCUCACUACCCACAUGAGCUGGUUUUCCCCAAAGAUUUGGUGUUUUCAGAGAUGUCAUCUGAAUUUUUUAGUUCAUUUUGUGUAACGCUAAAAUAUGUGAUAGUGGUAACAUAGUCAGAGGGGUGAGGAAAGUUCGGCAAAGGUAUCCACAAUCCCAAGUUGUCUUUGUUUCACACACACACACAUACAUUCACAUGCACACAGACUAUGCUUUAUGCUGACAGAAUUAUAAAAGGCCAGUCAAGGCUGAGACUCCAUCGUUCCUUAUUGACGUGUCUGCAGUUGGGGUGUAACACUAAAAGGUUCUGAAGGAAGGAUAUUUUCCUCCAUGUCCAGGUCCCACGCAGCCCUAACGCCUCAGAACUUAAAUGGAUACUAGAAUAAAUACUAUGAUAAAUUAUUUGCGGUUGUUUUAACUUUUAGUCCCAUUGAGAAUAUAUGUUUGUUGCUGUGGAUAGAGUUGAUGUUUUGUUUUAUUUAUUUCUUUAUUUUUUUAAACAUUUUUGAGUUGGUUGGGUGUAGUUUUGAGCAUGUGAAGUCUCCCGUCCUUCCCAGUGUUGUGAUUGAGUUUCCACAGAUAAUUACGGUCCAAGUUUGACGUCCAAACAGGGUCAUUUGAAAGUUCGUCUUACUUUUUAUUUUAGAUGUGAAUGCAAGAAUAGCAAACCUCACUCAUAUCAGUUUGCUAGUCAGGUUGCAUUGUCAUAGGAUUCAUUGUGAGCCUCUUCCCAGAUUUUUUAAACAGUUGUUUUUAAAUUUCUGUGAGUGCUCUAUGGAUGGCAGUGUCAGUCGCAUGGUUUGUCCAGCCUUUGAAACCACUUUGUAAAGAGCUGCGUAGCCUCUCGGGCUGCUAGGUUAUGACUUUUAUUUCUAGUUCUUUUAUUCUUUUUUUUUUUUUUUACUUUUGUUACUAUUUUGUAAGACAUGACAAAAUAAAAGGAUAAGGGAUAUCUUUCACCACACAGAGAAGAGUGUAUAAAUGUUUAAUAGCCAAUAGAUGUGCAUUUUUUAAUGCAUAUAUAAUAAAAAAAAUACAUAUAUAUAACAUAUUACACAAUCUGAAUGAGUUCGGAUAUUGGAUUCCCACCUGUGCUUUAGAGAGAGGUUCAUGCUGUUGACGUUUUUAAUCGAUGAUGGGUGACUGAAUGGUUAUUUGUAUGAGCUGCUGUCUGAAUUCAAAACCCAUCUGUCCAACAGUCUCAGUACCGACUGGGGCUAAAGGUUUCACAUGUUAAGCCCAUGGCCCCUUCUCAUUGUACUGACUUUCAUUCACUGCAUACAACAUGCGCUCACUAGAAAGGCAUGUGAUUUAGUGUGAGCACUGGUUACACCACAGAGCUGCCAUCUCCAUCAGCCACCAGCUAGUUUCUUACAGUAUGUCAUUGUAGAUGAUAUUUUCACCUUUAUUUUGUCGGGGGUGGGGCGGGGGCACAAGAUGUUUUUAAGCAUGUUAAAUGUGGAAUUGUGAGUUUUAUUUCACUCUCUGAUGCUGAAGUUAGGGAUUUGUCUGCUCGUGUAUACAGUACAAUCCAACUGUAAAUCAUAUGUUCACAGAUGUGCUGAGGCAUGCGGAAAUAUUUUCAACACCAACAGUUGUUUCUAAAUAUAACUUAUUUAUUUUGUAUUAUUUAUAAUUUAUUUUUAAGAUAGUGUUCUUCCUAGAUGAUGCAUUGCAAUCUGCACUUGACUUUUUAAAGGGAUGUUCAAAAGUAUUCAAUUGCUUAAACCGUUCCGUCUUUUAAAUGAAACUGUAUUUGUUCUUACAGUGAGUAACACAAAGCUUAACAUGCUGUGUGUUAAACAUUCCAGUGUGAGAGCCUCUUAUCGUGUCCACGCAGCUUUGGUGGGAAGUUUGUCUUUUGAUAUCAGUUAUGUAACGUUUCAGACUUGAUAGAAGCCGACUGUUCUCACAGAGCAAUAGCAGUUCUCUCUCUCUCUCUCCACACCCAAAUAUCAGCAACAUGCAACCCUGCUGCAGGUUUGUAACACACGUACUGUACGUGGGCGUGUGAAUGUACAGUUUGUAUAAAGGCGGUUGUAGUAGUUCUACUUUCCAAAGAGGUCUCGGCAAUAAAUUUAGAGCCAAAAAGAGUACCUGUUACACAUUUGUUAGACUUGUACUGACAAACUUGUGUCUGAUAGUGCUUUCCUACUCUGUGCAGUAUCUUCAAAAAGGGGGAAGAAGAUGUUUUAGGAAGUAAACUGAAUACUCUGAACACUUCAUUAAAAAAAAGUGGUAACUCUUACUGCAUUGGUUACUUUUGACUUGUUUGUUGAUUUAUUAUUUUUUUUGUUACUUUAUUUAUUGUGUUUUGCUACAGCUGUAAACUUGCCGAUGACUUAGGAACAUGCAUCAGUCCUGUUCAACACUCCUCUUCCUCCUCCUCCCCCUCCUCUGCCUCCCCCCCGUCAUAAAUAACCUUUGUAAAUAGGAAUUUUCUGCCCGUCAGGUAUUAGUUGUGUGAAUUGUGCUGUAAUUCUGUAAUGCCAGAUUUGCUAAAAUGAGGAAUCAAUAAACAAAUUCUAAAUGCUG